AUGCUGGAUGCAAAAUGUGGGUUGCAAAGUGAUGGGUUGCAAUGUGCUGGAUGCAAAAUGCUGGAUGCAAAAUGUGGGUUGCAAAGUGAUGGGUUGCAAUGUGCUGGAUGCAAAAUGCUGGAUGCAAAAUGUGGGUUGCAAAGUGAUGGGUUGCAAUGUGCUGGAUGCAAAAUGCUGGAUGCAAAAUGUGGGUUGCAAAGUGAUGGGUUGCAAUGUGCUGGAUGCAAAAUGCUGGAUGCAAAAUGUGGGUUGCAAAGUGAUGGGUUGCAAUGUGCUGGAUGCAAAAUGCUGGAUGCAAAAUGUGGGUUGCAAAGUGAUGGGUUGCAAUGUGCUGGAUGCAAAAUGCUGGAUGCAAAAUGUGGGUUGCAAAGUGAUGGGUUGCAAUGUGCUGGAUGCAAAAUGCUGGAUGCAAAAUGUGGGUUGCAAAGUGAUGGGUUGCAAUGUGCUGGAUGCAAAAUGCUGGAUGCAAAAUGUGGGUUGCAAAGUGAUGGGUUGCAAUGUGCUGGAUGCAAAAUGCUGGAUGCAAAAUGUGGGUUGCAAAGUGAUGGGUUGCAAUGUGCUGGAUGCAAAAUGUGGGAUGCAAAGCUUGGGAUGCAAAAUGUCAAGGAAGAAAUUGUAAGGCUUGUUAAAGCCAAAUUUAUUAGGCCAGCAAGAUAUGUGGAGUGGCUUUCUAAUAUUGUACCUGUAAAGAAGAAAACGGGAGCAAUAAGAAUUUGUGUUGAUUUUCGUAACCUUAAUCUUGCAACUCCCAAAGAUGAAUAUCCCAUGCCUAUGGCAGACCUCUUGGUUGAUGGGGCGGCCAAGCAUGAAAUUUUAUCCUUCAUGGAUGGACACUCCGGCUAUAAUCAAAUUUUCAUAGCUGAAGAAGAUAUUCACAAGACAGCCUUUAGAUGUCCUGGUUCCAUUGGAACCUUUGAGUAUGUCGUGAUGCCUUUCGGCCUAAAGAAUGCCGGAGCCACAUAUCAACGGGCAAUGAAUGCCAUCUUCCAUGACAUGAUCGGUCGAAACUUAGAAGUUUAUAUCGACGAUGUGGUUGUGAAGUCGGAAUCAAGACCAGGUCAUUUGGACGACCUUCGGUUAGCCUUCGAGAGAAUGCGAAAGCAUCUAUUGAAGAUGAAUCCAAAGAAAUGUGCCUUUGGGGUUUCUGCCGGGAAUUUCCUAGGAUUUUUGGUACAUCAAAGGGGGAUCGAAAUUGAUAAAAAUAAGGCUAAGGCCAUCAUUGAGGCGCCGCCCCCGAAAAACAAGAAAGGAUUGCGAAGUUUGCUAGGCCAAAUAAAUUUCCUCCGGAGGUUUAUAGCUAAUUCCGCCGAGAAAGUCGAGCCUUUUUCAUCUUUACUGAAACUCAAGGAUGAUGAGAAAUUUCGAUGGGAAGAAGUUCAUCAAAAGGCAUUUGAUUCCAUCAAAGAGUAUUUGACCAAGCCAUCGGUGCUAAUCCCGCCGAAGCGAGGCCGACCUUUGAAGUUAUAUAUUUCGGCUGCAGAGAAUUCCAUCGGAAGUCUUUUGGCCCAAGACAAUGACGAGAAAAAGGAGCAAGCACUGUACUACCUAAGCCGAAUUCUAACGGCCACCGAGAGAAAGUAUUCACCGGUGGAGAAACUUUGCUUAGCCUUAUACUUCACCGCAACCAAGUUAAGGCACUAUAUGUUGCCUUCCGUAGUGCAUAUAAUCGCCAAGACUGAUUUGAUCAAGUAUAUGCUCACUCGCCCGAUUAUUAGAGGGCGGAUUGGAAAAUGGACGAUGGCAUUGGCAGAAUUUACCUUCCGAUACGUGCCUCAGCAGGCCGUCAAGGGAGGGCGGAUUGGAAAAUGGACGAUGGCAUUGGCAGAAUUUACCUUCCGAUACGUGCCUCAGCAGGCCGUCAAGGGGCAAGCGUUGGCUGAUUUCUUGGCCUCCCACCCUUGUGUUGAAAUAGAAGACAUGGACUUCUUCAAAGUCGACAUGAUAAGUUUAUUCCCAUGGCGUCUCUAUUUCGACGGAUCUCGAACAUCAAAUAUGGGGGGAGCAGGUGUCAUCAUUGAAUCACCCCAAGGAUUCCGAACUCGUUAUUCAUUUCAAUUAGACUUUGAUUGUACCAACAAUCAGGCCGAAUAUGAGGCCUUGAUCAUUGGGUUGGAGAUUUUGAGAGAACUUGGAAUAAAUAAUGUGUCAAUCAUGGGGGAUUCGAUGUUGGUUCUGAAACAACUAUCCGGCGACUAUAAGGUAACUAGCCAAGCAUUGCUCGGCUAUCAUGCCUUGACUAGCCAACUAAUAGAAGGUUUUGAUGAGGUGAGACUCGCUCACCUACCAAGGGAGCACAACUCACAGGGCAAUGCAAUGGCCCAAUUGGCCUCUGGAGUCCAGAUCUCUGAAGGUCUUUCUGAGGAGUUAUUCAAAGUUGAAAAACGAUCGUUGCCCUCAGUUUUUGAAAGAGGAAUACCAAUGGAGGUCAUGGCAUUGGCUAUUGCUCCAGAUGACAGGAGACACGACAUCGUGGAGUAUCUGAAAUGUCCAAGUGGUCCGCAUUUCCGGCAGGUUCGACAAAGGGCCAUAAACUAUGUGCUCAGGGAUGAAGAGCUUUUUCGUAUUGGCUCUGACGACUUACUCAUGAAAUGUCUGGGAAAAAUUGAUCAGAUGGUGGUUAUGACUGAGGUUCAUGAAGGAAUAUGCGGAGCUCAUCAAGCAGGCAUCAAGAUGAGAUGGUUGCUAAGGAGGCAUGGGUAUUAUUGGCCAACCAUCUUGAAGGAUUGCAUUGAUUAUGCCAAAGGAUGCCAAGGUUGUCAAAGGCAUGGUCCAGUUCAGCAUGUUCCAGCCGGACUCAUGAAUCCUAUUGUGAAGGCUUGGCCUUUCAAGGGUUGGGCGAUGGAUGUGAUUGGCCAGAUCUACCCGAAAUCAUCUAAGGGUCACAAGUUCAUUAGUGGCCACAGACUUCUUUACAAAAUGAGUAGAGGCCGUACCACUCAAGCAAGUUACCCAAGCUGA